AUGAUAGCCCUCCUUCCAGCCUCAAGGGUCACUCACUCCUGCGCUUUCUAUUGGACUGGAGUAGAUUAUGCAGGACCUUUUCUAGUUCUUUUGGCAAGGGGCCGUGGGAUCCGCACUACAAAAGGCUACAUCGUCAUAUUCGUAUGCAUGACUACAAAGGCUCUUCACUUGGAGCUGGUAGGUGAUCUCUCAACAGCGUCUUUUAUGGGCGCCCUUGCACGAUUCAUAGGACGACGAGGACGACUGUCGGAGCUCUGGAGUGACAACGCCACUUAUUUUCACCAUGCCGAUGUGAAGAUGCGUGACACCUUACGCCAGGCAAGGAUUAACUGGAACCUCGUCGCCGGGACCUUGGCAGACCAGAGCAUCUCCUGGCAGUUCAUCCUACCGGGUGCACCUCACUUUGGCGGGCUCUGGGAGGCAGCUGUCAUGUCAGUCAAGGGUCAUCUACGCCGUGUCAUGGGUUCACGCCACCUUACAUACAAAGAAUUCUCAACAUCGAGAUGGUGCUAA